CACAACUCACUUGCAAGAAGAUCUCCCUGCGGCCUGAGAUUACGUACGGCCAAUUUUAGCAGUCUUCUAAUUACUGUUUUAAUUUGGCAUUAAUGGAUACUGUGGCAAGCUUGGUGAGUGAAAGACCAGUGGUGAUUUUCAGCAAGAGCAGUUGCUGCAUGAGCCACUCCAUCAAGACACUUAUAACUGGGUUUGGUGCUAACCCUACUGUGUACGAGCUUGAUCAGAUGUCGAAUGGACAUCAAAUUGAGAGGGAACUGCUGCAACGAGGUUGUCAGCCAAGCGUUCCUGCUGUUUUCAUAGGGCAGGAGUUCAUUGGUGGGGCCAAUGAGACCAUGAGUCUCCACCUCAGGAAUGAGUUAGUCCCAUUGCUGAUGAGUGUUAAAGCUAUAUGGCUGUGGAAGAAAAAGUAAUUUGAUGUUUACAGCCUUUAUAACAGGCAUCUGAAAUCUGAGCUAGCAGGCUCCACCACUCAAAGGUUUUUGUUUUCCCUUUUAUGAUAUAAAUAAAAGUGAACGGGUAUGGAUUCCAUAUAUAUAGACUAUAUAUAGAGUUACUUUAAGUACUCAACUUGUAGUACUACUCUAUAUUAUAUACAAUGACUAAUUAGUAUA